UUUACACCUUCCCGAAAUAACACCUUCAUAUGUAAUUAUACAAUGGUUUAUGGCAUAUUUAGCGUUGAUUGUUGAGUCAUAGCUCAGAUUCCUUAGGGCCCAUUGUGAUGUUUUUAUCUACGUUGAUCAAGGCACAUUAUUGUGGAAUCCAUAUUGGAUAUUGUUUCCAGUGGUAGUGUGAUUAUAUUGUCUAGUGAAUUGCUUGAUUAUGUUGUAUUAAGUGUAGGUUAAUGUGACCUUUAUACCGCAUGGUGAGCAAGCGUGUAGUUUUCCUGGGUUCCUUGUGCUUUUCAGUUUCCUCUGUUGCUGCUGUUAUUUGGAACAAGCGUAGGCAGCACGCUCGCCGUCACGCUGCGGUUGUUCGUGACAUCCAGCAGCAGAUCGAGAAGCGCGGCAAAUCCGGUUAGAUGGGUCUACUGUAUAUGUAACAUUUACUGCAAAAUUACUGCGAGUUCUAUUUCCCGGCGGUGUAUUGAGAAAACAGCGAGUGUUACAAUUUGCCGCGGGUACGACGUACAUCCCGGGGUCCCAUGAAGGGUCUUCUAAGGCAUCGUAUAAACGGGGUCCAGAAGUUCAAGCGUGACGAGCACUUUCUGUACUUGCGCCAGUAUGAACCUCCCGGAGCUAAGGAAUCACGUGCUGGUUCUGAUCGUCCGUGUCACCCGGUUAACGACCAGUCGCAGUGGGAUUCAUUUUUGAAGCUGCAGCGCAAUUCGUCCUUCAUACAGCCCAGUAGCGAUGCGCCAGUGCGCAAGCGCAUACGCAGGCUGACGGUGGCCGCAGCGUGCUUCACAACUGUAGUGUUCGCGACGGCGAGCGCCAUCGGCGUGUUUUGGUAACAUUGCAUUAAUUA